CGCGCCUUGCACGUAGCGUUAAAGCCCGAAAAUGGUCAAGUACGCUCGUGAGCCGGAGAACGCGGACAAGACCGCCAAGGCCAAGGGGUCUGACCUGCGUGUUCACUUCAAGAACACGCGGGAGACCGCCUUCGCCCUGCGCAAGAUGUCCCUGAACAAGGCCAAGAAGUACCUGGAGGAUGUGAUUGCGCACAAGCGCUGCAUUGCCUUCCGCCGGUACCAGGGCGCUGUGGGCCGCACCACGCAGGCUAAGAACGAGAACAACCCUUCCGGCCAGGGCCGCUGGCCCGUGAAGUCGGCUGAGUUCAUUCUCAACCUGCUGAAGAACGCGGAGAGCAACGCUGAGGUCAAGGGCCUGGACAUCGACAACUGCUUCAUCAGCCACAUCCAGGUCAACCGCGCCAUGCGCCAGCGCCGCCGCACCUACCGCGCGCACGGUCGUGUGAACCCCUACAUGAGCUCGCCCUGCCACAUCGAGCUCAUGAUCUCGGAGAAGAGCGCGGGCGUCAAGGCCGAGAAGGACACCAAGGAGCGCAAGCUCAGCAAGGUGCAGCUGGCGAAGCGCCUGCGCACCGGCACCGCCUCGGCGUAAGCAGCAGCAUUUCGCCACAUCACCUUAAGUGUUGUGUGUAAGUCUCCUACGUG